AUGAUGUUCGAAAAGGAAAUUGAUAUCAUACUGGUGCAAGAACCAAAUAAAUCAUUGACUGGUAGUAAUCCCAAAUGGAUCAAAGACCUUAGAAGUGAUACCGCCAUAUACUGUAUCAAUCCAAACUGCGGGGUAGUAACACACGAGGUAGGUUUAGGCUUCGUAUGUCUAAUUUUCAAUAAUUGGGCACUAUACAACUGUUAUAUCUCCCCUAACUGUACACUAGAACAAUACAAGGAAUACAUCGACAGGGUUAUGGAACAUGUUAGAGAUGGAGGGAGAGAAGCAGUGGUUGUCGGGGACUUCAACGCCAAAUCGGCGAUGUGGGCCGCGGCCAUCACAGAUACACGGGGUGACUACCUCGCAGAGUGGAUCCAGGCUCAAAAUAUGGUGGUGCACAACGAAGGGGAAACCCCCACAUUCACCAGGGGCACCCAAAGUUUCCACAUAGAUAUCACGCUCUCCACUCAAGGAAUAGCAAGAAACAUUCAGGGGUGGGAGGUCUCCACGGAAGAAAGCCUGAGUCUUCACAAAUACAUUUCUUUCGAAAUUAGGGACAAACUCAAGACACCAAAGCUAGAAUGGCGCGAAACGCACUACAUAAAGGAACUUGACUUUAUAACAAAAAUCCAGGCAGUCGAGCAGAGGAUAACGAGUACGAGUGAACUAACGAACGUAGUUAGAAACACUCAGAAAGAAUGCCUCGCCAGAACACCUGGUGGCAGACUAAGAAAUCAGCCAGCUUGGUGA